AAUGGCUGCGCCCAUGGAACACGCGAAAUUAUCGAAAACAGAGCGAAAAAUCUUAAAGAAGCAAGUUAAAUCUCGACAAACUCUUUUUAAACACGAUGGUAUCUGUACAUCAGAGUGUCCAACAAAGAUUCUGUGUGUCAGUAAUGCUGGUUUAGACAAUGGCGUUACCCAACAGGAAGUCUUGGAUGUUUUCAACAAACAUGGAAGAGUUACUGAGAUCAUCAUGCUACCACAGAAACCAUACUGCUUUGUCUGCUUCUCGAGGACGAGUGAUGCUCAGGAGGCGUUUGAGGCUGUUAAUGGAUUUUUGUUUCGUAAAGGACAAAAUUCAUCGCAAGAUGUGUAUUUCUACAUUUCAUACGUUAGUCAGGUUCCAGCCAGUGUUGCCCCAUCAAGUGAGAUGCCCACAGGUUUAGUCAUGCUGCCAGACUUUGUCACACCGGAAUGGGAGACGCGUCUCCUUGACGAGAUCAACUGGAAGGAAGAGGCCAAUGAGGCUCAGAGAACACUGAAGCAUCGUCGAGUAACACAUUAUGGCUAUGAGUUCAAGUAUGGCAUCAACAAUGUUGACCCCAACGACCCACUGCCCGAUGCUGUCCCAGAAUCCUGUAGAGAGUUCCUCUCACGAGCCAUGGCGAUCGGUGUGGUCAAGCACUACCCUGAUCAGCUGACUGUCAAUCAGUAUGAACCAGGGCAAGGCAUCCCUCCCCAUGUGGACACCCCUCCAGCAUUUGAAGACGGCCUCAUGUCACUGAGUCUCGGCUCCCAGGCAGUUAUGGACUUUCGGCAUCCUGAUGGUCGGCACCUGUCAGUGUUACUUCCCCGACGGAGCCUGCUCGUGAUGACAGGGGACUCUCGGUACAUCUGGUCACAUGGCAUCACCCCCAGGAAGUCUGACAUUGUCCCCACCCCUGAUGGGGGUCUCACACUUGUCAACAGGGGGACGCGGACAUCCUUCACAUUCAGGAAACUGACAGCACAUGCAGGAGUUGAUGUCCAAUCCAUUAAGGAGGAACAAAGAGAAAGCCCAUGUUUGCCUGACACUGAGGCUGCUGCUGUCCAGCUUGAGCACGACCAUGUUCACCAGGUUUAUGAUGAUAUAGCUGAUCACUUCAGCGGUACUCGACACUCUACCUGGCCCGAGAUAGCUGACUUCAUCCACUCACAGCCGACAGGUACCCUUCUGGCCGACAUUGGCUGUGGUAACGGGAAAUACCUGGGCGUCAACACCAACAUAUACGAGCUUGGUUCUGAUAGAAGUGUGAAUCUGGCCAGCAUCUGUCACGCACGGAACUUCCCUGUAUUUGUGGGGGAUGUUCUGUCCAUUCCGCUCCGCUCUGACACAUUCGACGUUUGUCUGUGUAUCGCCGUCAUACACCAUCUCUCAACUCUGGCCAGAAGACAGAGAGCGGUGGGUGAGCUGCUCAGGAUCCUGCGCCCCGGGGGUCAGCUGCUUAUAUAUGUGUGGGCCAUGGAACAGGAGAGGAAACAGGUCAAGUCCAAGUACCUCAAGGAGGGCAAGACCACAUCCUCUGGGAACAAGAACACGUCCCCUGACGGCAAGACCACAACCCUUGAGAGCAAGACCUCAUCCCCUGAUGACAAGUCUUCACCCCCAGAGGGCAAGACUUCACCCCUAGGGGGCAAGAACACAUCCCCUGAGGGCAAGACUUCACCCCUAGGGGGCAAGAACACAUCCCCUGAUGACAAGUCUGCACCCCCAGAGAGCAAGACCUCAUCCCCUGAUGACAAGUCUGCACCCCCAGAGGGCAAGACUUCACCCCUAGGGGGCAAGAACACAUCCCCUGAGGGCAAGACUUCACCUCUAGGGGGCAAGAACACAUCCCAUGAGGGCAUGACUGGGCCCAACGAUGGUAAUAGUGAUAGGAAUAUUGAAGAUAACAAAACCACAGCUGAUGUAGAUUUGUGUGAAAGAAAGAGCCAGGUUGGUGAAUCCUGUGGAAAUGGGUGUUUAGGCAAUAGUUCCACACGUCAUGAACAGUCGGUUCAGAGAACUUGGGAAUCCACUGUGUCAGGAACUACUGAAAUAUCUGGUACAGACUGUACAGAAGCCAUAAUGAAUCAUUGUGAAUCAGACGUGUCAGAUGUAUCGGUAGAUUUCAGUAAUCAGUGCAGUACCACAAACAAAAAACUACCUGUUCAUGUGAAUAGGACAAACUUCAAGGAACAAGAUUUACUCGUGCCAUGGCAGUUGAAAAAUCAGAAGGCAAAUUCUAAUGUUAAGACAAGUGCCGAUGCCAGUACGUUACACCGAUUCUACCAUGUGUUUACAGAGGGUGAGCUACAGGACCUAUGUCGGAGUGUGGGCGGGGCACGGGUCGUGAGGAGCUACUAUGAUCAGGGGAACUGGUGUGUGGUGUUACAAAAAUCCUAACUGCAGGAUACGAAAUUAGAAAUUAUAUUUAUUGUCUAACUUGUCAAGGCUUCUAUUUUUUAGUUGGCCUAAAGAUGGUAUUUUCACAUCAUUUAUAACUAUUUGAUUGGCAUUCUAGAAGCAUCUAAAAAAAUAUUUUUAUGAUAAGAUUUGGAAUGUUUUGAGAGAAUAUUUCAAAAAUAAGAAUGAUUUCAUAAUGCAUAGAGAUCAUUAGUCAUUAAUACGAGGGGCGUUCAAUAUGUUUUGCAACUUCAAUAUUAGACCAAGUUGCAGAAUAUCUUUUGCACUUUUAUUUUUCAAUAUAAUAUCCAUUCACCUCAAUACACUUAUUCCAUUUGU